GAGAUGCAGACAGCGAAAAGCUAGACGUCUUUGAAAAUGUUUCCGUUGUUCGAGUUAGUGCGACUUUUCACUGUAAAGGAUGACAGCGACUUCAGAAAUUCUCCAACUAUUGUUCGCUAUGCAUACAAGGAAGCAGGAGAAAUAAACCUUCUAGCACUUGCCUGUACCAAUGGGUAUGUCCUUCUUAGGUACUGUAGUGGUAACGGGAAACCUCCUACUACUCACCAGUUACCAUGGCCACAGGAAAAACCUAUCAGCUCAAUGUGUUUUGAUCCUACUGUAACCUGGCUACUGGUGCUAGCAGAAGAUGCCACCCUGUUCAUCAUACCAGCAUUGUCUAUCAUGGAUCCAACUGCCAAAGUCAACCAGCUGUGGAGGGAGGAUGAUGUUACCAUCACAAAGGUUAAACGACCUAAAGGGAUGCCCACUGUUGUUCUCUGGUGGCACACACUGGAUGACCAACAGGUUGCCAUCAUCGGCACCAAGAUUGGAGAAAUCAUCUUCGUGGAUCUACUUACCAGGAAAACUUUGAAUGAAAUCAAAUUUGACUGUAAAAUCAUGCAGAUAGACAUAGUGGAAGAUGACCAACAGAUGACCACUAACCUUCUGAUAACAGACCAGUCUGGAGUCCAAUGGAAGUUACUCUUGGAGAGUCGUACACACGAUAUCUUAUCCCUGCCAGAUAAGGAACUUCUAGACCUGGGAUACAACACUGUGGAUGGGAGAAAUCUUCCUAUCAUCAGCAUUACCUCCCCUUCAGAUCAAACUGCAGACCUUUUCCUUCCCUUGAGAUUUUAUCAGUUCCAGAGAUCGGUGUUUCUGUCCCCACAGUAUGCCAAGGGACGCCACUUUGUUGCUGCUCACUGUGACAAAACAAACACCUAUCAGAUUUAUGACAGUGACGUGGAACACAACCCACUCUUUGUUUACAAAUUACCGUUUGGUGCCUACAAUGUUAUUCUGACAGAUAAAGUCAUAUUUUCUACGACACGUCUUGGGGGAGAGAAGAGAUUACUUGUGAUAGCUAACCAACGGGCAGAAACCUCAGUGGAUGAUCAACAGGAUUUCAACAAGGAUGCAGUCUUACAGCAGUUUGAUCUGCCUCAAGAGGAACAUCUUCUGACCGUCCUGAAGAAGUCCUAUCCUUUCUAUUGGCAUGAUAAGCGUGAGGAAGAUCUGUGUCAGAAGAUGGUCCAGGACAUCCAGUUGGGACUAGGACGGGCUAACAAAGCUGGAUCAAUCAUCCUUCCAUCCACUGCCUAUGACAUGCAUGUUACCAGUCACACGGUGCUAAAUGGUUGUGUCAUCAUCACAGGGUCGUCUGUGUACGAGUGUAGACCCAGAAUAUCACCAGAGCGACUGUUUCUACAGAUGGCAGUCCAACAACUGGACCAUUCUCGGACUGAGGUCUUAGGUAUAGGUCUUGGUCUGGACCUCAACACACUGUAUGAAGUAUCAGCUGAACAUGUAUUAAAGAACAAGGACUUCACACAAGCAAUAAGGCUCUACAAGCUCUCAAAGUGUUCCCAUGCGAGACGAGUGGCAAACUUUGCGCAGUAUGGCUGUGUUCAAGAGGUACUUACCUACGCGAGACAGGUGUUGUGUGCUCAAAAUCAGGACAUCAAUACGAGUGAGAGGAAACAGCUGACAGACCUUGCCAUACACUGUUUUGUACAUCAGAUUCAGGAACAUUCUGGUGACAAGACACAACUACAGCAGUCUUUUCUCGAGUUUCUCAUCACCAACUUCUCAUAUGAAGAAAGUGUGGCUCUGUGUUUGCUAUCAGAGAAUGGUCUGAUUUAUGUUCUACUGGAACUAGCUAAGGCGCGUGGUUUGGUCAUGGAGGCUUUGGAUUUGUUGUCCAAGAAUGGUUACACCAGACUGGAGAAACCUGUAGUGGAAAGUUUGGUCAGCAAGGGUUUCAUCAACCACCUUGUCCAGGCAGCCUCAGGUACAUUUUUCCAAUCACUGAAUCACCAGUACAGGACUGAGAUUCUGUGCUCAAAGCCUCCGCUUGCCCUCCAACACUACGCCAUGAUACUGGACUGUGUAGCAGACCUUAAAGUGGACACGCUGGAAAAUCUGGCCAGUAUUUUUGACCCCUCAAGGGCUAGUCUCAGAAGCCACAUAUCUAAACAUAUGCUUUCCAAGAAAAGAACUGCCAGUGUCUCCUCUCUGAACUCCCAAUGUAGUGAUGGAGAACCUGGGCCUAUGGAGAAUACCUUGCCUGAGCCGUCAAAGUUAGUUGAGUUCUUCAUAACCCUAGUGUUACACCUCAACCGUAAACGUGACAAAUCGGGGGACAUUCCUAGUGCUGAGGAGGUACUGACCAUGAACUUGAACGAUGUAUUGAAACAGUCUCCAGAAGAAAAUCCAAAAAUAAAGGUUCGGAAGUUGUCUUGUCGACCAGUGCCCCUAGGAGCCGGACAUCAACAUGUGGCAUUAGUGCGAAACGGUGACCUGUACACUUGGGGACGCACUUCCCAUGGCAGGUUGGGUCAUGGCGAUCUGGCUCCAAACAACACUGUAUCGCCUCCCUGUAGGGUAGAAACUUUACACAUGCUGCAAGUUCGUGUCAUCUCUGUGGCUUGUGGAGGUGAACACACACUAGCCCUCACACAACAAGGGGUGUUUGCGUGGGGAUCAUCCCAGUAUGGACAGGUUGGAAUUGGUACAAGACAUAUUUACAGUCGACCCAUGCAAGUGGACAAACUGUCGUCCAUGCAGUGUGUGAGUGUGGAGAGUGGUCAGUAUCACUCACUGGCUGUGACAGCUGAAGGAGAGGUGUAUAGCUGGGGUUGGGGUGUCCAUGGACAACUCGGCCUUGGAGGCAUCGAGGACGCUUUGGUCCCGACCCAUGUACAGGCACUGUCAGACAAGCAGAUUAUCCGAGUUUGUGGCGGAUACUGUCAUACUCUGGCCCUCUCCUCACAGGGAGAGGUGUACUCAUUUGGUUGUGGAUUUUUCGGCCAGCUUGGUUUGGAAGUCAACAAAAAGCAGACAUUGCCAAUGAGAAUACAUGCUCUGAAAGAAAAGGUUGUGGUUGUUAGCACAAAAUUCUUCCAUAAUGUCGCUGUGACACACAGUAAUCGUGUAUACACUUGGGGAUGUCAUCCAUAUAACCUGAGGUUUGCAGCACAUUCCAUCCGUAAAGGCCGCCAAGCUGGGGCCGUGGUCGGCGAUCCCGUCGACCAUUUCUUACUGCCUGAUCUAGUCGAUACCAGCUUUGUACAUGGUCGUAUUACACAGGCUGUGUGUGGCAGCUCCCACUCUGUACUGGUCACUCUGGACGGAGAUGUGUACACCUGGGGUCGAAACAUGGACGGACAGAUAGGCAACAACACCAGGCAGGACAUGAAAAUCCCCAGCAUGGUCACUAACAUAAAUGACCGCAAUGUGAUACACAUCAUCAGUGGAGGAGAUUUUAACAUUGGACAGGACUCGGACGGACUGGUCUGGGGCUGGGGCAAGAAUGACGUGGGACAGAUUAAACAGGAGAAGCUAGAACUGUCCACAACCCAACAGUCCUCCACCACCCACAAGGUCAUUAAGACACACAACCGUCGACGGGCAGGAAGUGGCCUCACCGAGUUCCUUCUCCCCACAGUCUGUCCAGGGUUGCCAAGUGCCAAACCUGCCGCAUCGCCAUGGAGACCAUCCCAUCUCACAAGGUCGGGGUCGUAUGAUAGUUCAGAUGGCGAAACAUGGUGGACUGAGGACAACCAAGAGGAUGUCCAAUUAGACUUACUUCCAGAUCUACAGUCGCUAGGCAACAGAAAAUAUGGCCGCAUCACUAUUCAUGAAGUCUUACAGCACCUGUCUGAGUUGUGUAACUGUAUGAAGAUUAUGCGUCAGUGUGUGAACCUAGACGACUGGCUAAGUGCUGCAUAUGUCUGUCUCCAUCAAAACAACUACGCUCAGGCCCUGGCCUACCACCUGAAGGCCCUUACUGCCUAUGCGUCUGUAUUUGGCAGCGAUUUAUUACAGAGCACGGAGAGAGUUGUACAACACUACAUCAGGCUCUGUAUCUCACAAGAACUGCCAGCCUCUCAGAAGGAGGAGAACUACAGACUUAUCCUUAUACAGAUGCUAGAACACUGGGAGAAGCAUGACCUGUCGGUCAGUAGUCUCGAAGCCCUCCUCACUGACCACAUGGACAGUGUGUGCUGUGUACUAAGCACUUUCCUCUUCUGGAAGAAUCCAAAGACAGAAGAAGGAGGAGAAACUAUGGCGACGCCGGUCUGCAUAGGAGUGACAGGCCAGUUUAUGAUGCAUUUUACCACUAAAUUCUGUCUCCAAGUUCUCCAGAAAGUCUUCGAUAAGAUGCUUCUCGUUGACUUUGAAAAACGAUACCCAGUCAGCCAUGGAUCAUUAAAAAGGCUACUAACCUGUCGGAUAGGGUCGAGUGAUUCUGACCUUGACCUCCAGUCUGGUGAUAAACUCAUACCGUUUGAUCAACUUUGGCAGGAUGUGGUUCAAAACUUACAAAAAAGUUCGGAAUCCCGUGACUAUAUUUACAUCACAAGAACAGACAUUGAUCACAUGACGGAAAAAAUCGGACAGAUUCAAGGACCGCAGUCCAUCCCAGAGGAAGUUAACUCACAGGAGCCGAAUGCGGUCCUCUUUACAUGUGGUCAUCACUAUACACGGCGCAACUUCAUGGAUGAAGUGAUGGUGAAAUUUAACAAGGAGCUCUCUCAGGGUCCCGCCAGUCUACCAGGCAGUGCUUCCCUACUGAUGCAGUAUUACUGCAGGCAGGGGUUACUUCCCUUGGCUUGUCCAAAGUGUGUACUCAAUACACUGCACACUGCAUUGUAGGGGUGCUGUUUUAUGGGUCUAGUCAUUCCUAUCAGAUACUUAAUGACUGGUAGCUUUUAGAAUUUCUGCUCAAGCCAAGGCAUUGCACUCAUAUAAUUCAGGAAUAUUUAAAUAUCUGGUAUUCAAGAUACUUAUAAAAGGAACAUAUUCUAGUUUUGUAUCUAUUACUAUAUAUCUUACAGAAAGCUCGGUAAUGGUACAUUUUGACCUUUUGAGCUCUACUUGUUAAGUUAUCCAUAGUCAGUACAGCUUUUUUUUCAAUUUUAUAUUGUUGAUUAGUACUGUGGCCCCUGAACUAUUUCAACCAGGUUACUUAGAAUGAAUGCACAGCUAUUUUUGGCAGCAUUUUAGAAAGAAUAUGGAGCAUUUGGGAUAUUCAUCUAGCAUGGAAGAAGCCAUUUGAAUGGAAGUUUUGCAAGGUCAGUGCCAGAAUAAUGGCUUAUUCCUGAGGCCUAAAUAGUAACUGUCGUUAAGUUUGUUGAGAAAGUGUCGCCUGUCAUGCAGUUCAUUAAAUGAACAAAAGUAUUAAAUGUAUGGAUGUGGAUGUCUGUAUGAACUGUAUAUUGUGAAUCCAGGUAAAACUUGAGACUGGAAAGUUAAUUUGUGAUUAAACAUGAGUAAAUCAUGAGCAUGAGAUUAUAUAUAAAGGUAGAUCAAAUCUAUUUUGAUAGAUAAAUUUGUUAGCUCAACUGCCUGAAGGCAAGAGAGCUUAAAUUAUGUCACGUGACCUCAUGUCACGUUGUAACCUUAUGUCUCGUUGUGACCUUUUGUCUCGUUGUGACCUUGUCAUGGUGUGACCUUUUGUCAUGGUGUGACCUUAUGUCUCCUUGUGACCUUAUGUCACAGUGUGACCUUUUGUCACGGUGUGACCUUAUGUCUCCUUGUGACCUUAUGUCACGGUGUGAUCUUACAUAUGUAUGUCAUGUUGUGACCUUAUGUCACAGUGUGACCUUUUGUCACGGUGUGACCUUAUGUCUCCUUGUGACCUUAUGUCACGGUGUGAUCUUACAUAUGUAUGUCAUGUUGUGACCUUAUGUCACAGUGUGACCUUUUGUCACGGUGUGAUCUUAUGUCACGGUGUGACUUCUCUCUGUCAUCCAUCUGUUGUUACAUGUACCUGUCUAUUCUAGCAUAAAUAAAAUCAGUUUGAAAUGUA